AUGGCAGGGUUUAGAAACAAAAGUAUAAUUAUUAGCAAAAAUCGACUAUCCCACCGGCGAAGGAGAACUCUUAAACAUAAAGUCGACCGCAAGCUUGUCCAAAGGAAGCUGCAAUUUCAAACUAAUUCCAAACAUAGUGGCUCCAAGAAAUCGCGUAGCAGAAUUGGAGAAGAAGUUAUAGACGAAAAUGUCGCAGGCGAUGUUGAUGAACAACAACCAAGCAAAACCCGACCAGACUCCGAUUUUGUUAAAGGUGAAGAUAUCGGCAUGGACGAGAUGCUACUUGACGAGGAGUUUGUUGAGCAUUUAUAUAUUGUUGUUAUCUGGUUAAGAAUAGGUUUGUUGAAGAUGAAGAUCUCGACAUAUUCAAAUUUUGAUCUCACCGAUUGUUUUGCUCAGACACCAACGUAA